UGUUUCUAUUUAUAGUCAAAAUGGGUUUAUAGUUUAAAUCAUGAAUCGGGUGACAUAUGCGAUUAAAAAAUUGGACAACCCUGCUCUUCAGUGAAGAAGUGAAUUUUAAAAGAAAACUAUCGCUUGAAAAACACGAAUUUUUGUGAACAAUUUAUUAUUUUGGCUUAAUUUUCUACGUCUAUAAAUGUAAAAAUAUGUUGAAAAUGGGUUUACGGAUUAUACUCUAGUCUGAACACCUUAAAUAGUUAAAGGAUCAUUGUUCAUUAGACAGACUUAAUCAUUAGACUAGUGUAAUACUUUCCAGUGAAGCAAUAAUGAUAAAAGGAAAUCAUUGUUAGAAAAAGGUUAGUCAAAAUAUAUCGACGUGCCAAAGCAAGAUUCUGAGAUUCGUUAAUUCUGGGUCCGAAUCUCGCUUAGGCCAGACACAAAAUAGCACAAUAUCUCGUCGCACGGUAUAAUUAGUUGGCUUGAAAAGGGUAAAACCUACUUUAUUCUAUUUCUCAUGGGAUUUGAUAGAUCUAAUAGAAACUGUUUCUUCUAUUUCUGUAAAAUGUAUGUUUGUUGGAUUUGAAAGAACUAAUAGAAACUGUUUCUUAUAUUUCUUUAAAAUGUAUGUUUGUUACUCUGCCAAAUUCAUCCAAUUAUGAUACACGUCACAUGUCAGUGUUCAUAAAAUGCUUAUGUUAGCUUAUGUAUGAGUAUCAUGUUUUUGAAGUCUAAAUAUAUUGUCAUGCCAAAGCCAGAUUCUAAGAUAUGUUCAUUCUGGCUCAGAAUCUCGUUUUUCCAAACUUGCAGUAUUGCUUUUUUCACACAGUUGUAGGCUGAUUAAAUCAUUACGCUAAUUCUAGCUACAAGUGGAAUUAAAAGAAUUUCUGUCUCAGGCUUAAAUUUGUCUACCAGUGAUAAAUAUCAGAUGAAAAUAUUAUUUUACCAUAAUUAAAUAUGUAUGCUAUUGUUUUCCACCUUAUAAACUAAUCAAUGUCUAUUCUAUUUUAUCUAACACGUAAUUCAUUGGCUAUUUUAGAAAUGUUUCUUUAAAUAGUGUAUCGUGUGAUAUAUUUAGCUGUAAAAUUCCCACAGCUGUUUCUAUUUAUAAUCAAAACGGUUUACCGGUUUCUGAUCCGUUACUAGAAGAUAUUAGCGAAAGGUUGCAUCCAUACAACAUAACAAGCGACAGUUAGGAUAUAAUUUUAAUGAGAAGAUGGCAGACAAAUACUAUAGACUGGUUUGCUUUUUGGUAGAUAUUUGCGCCGACGUAUUAAGGAAAUAUUUCAUCAAACUUGCAAGAACUGAUGCUGGUAGCACUUAUACAUCAGUUGAUGCAUACCUAUCUCACAGAAAUCGGGAUGUGAUGCAAUUAUUCAAUAACAAAAAGCUCAGGAGAGAUCAAUAUGACUUAUUGUAUCCUGGUAACGGCACCGCUGAUGAAAACCAGUGGGACGUAUCAAUACUGGUAACAUUGAUAACAGAACUUUUUGCCACACGUCUGCAGCCAGUCGAAAUAUUCACGUUGAAAACUGAAAUUCGAGGGAUUCGAAAUGAGUUGCAGCAUAACCCAAAUACUGGCAAUAUUUCAGAUGAUGACUUCGAUGAUUAUUGGGGGCGAUUGGACUCUUCUGUGAGGCUUAUAGCAACGAAUGCGCUUGAUACAAAUGACCAUGCAUCCUUACUAGAGAAAAUAAAUCAGGUAAAAUGUAAUCAUCUACCAAAUCUCAGUGAUUGUCAACGGUUAUGGCAUGAAGAAACAAUUAGGCAGAUGUUAAACAUUAUGGACGAAGUGCAGGCAAAUACAUCCAUUCUCAGACAAGUGACGGUCCAAAAGCCAGGACCUUCAGGGGACAAAAAUAAAAGAAUCAAAGUUGCUGAUGAUAUUCUGGCACGGCUUCAAGCGGGGUUUGAGUCAACGAUGAAAGAACUAUCAGGCGAUUUCAACCCACCAAGUGAAGUGACAGACAUUCGAGCUAAACUAAGAAAUUUUCAUCACGUGGUUGUUACUGGAUGCAACAAUAGCCGUUACUUUGAGACCGCUCUUGCAGCAAUAAAGGGGAUAGACUAUAACUACCAACGAAGCGUAGAAAUGCAUACGUCAUCUGAUUGGCGGCACAUUGAUCCACAAGAUGUAGAUUUGGUUUUAUGUAGAGAUCCAUUUGGGGGAUUUUCUUACGAUGAAAGCAAAACUAAAGCCAUGGAAGAUAUAUUUAAAAGCAUGAUGCAUUCAACAAAGAGAGAUAAUGGCGAUAAAGCCUUGGACAUAAUCAUAAUAACUGACCUGAAUAUAUUCGAAGAGUGUAAAAUGCAUCAUGACCAUGAAAUCUUAGACGAAGUGGUGAAGGUGUUUAUUGAGACAAGUUCAGCACAACCGGCUGACCUUACAAUAGGAUGUAGACGUCAAGGACAAUACGCGCAAUCGUCUUCGCUGCCAGUAACCAGAAAUAAUUUGGGAGCUUUAACGGAAUGUUUCCUGAAUGCUUAUAAGAUACCCAGUGGUCAAGUAGAUGCACAGAUACUUACAAAAGCAAAGAGAAGGUUCCAAGUUAAUAAGGCCAUAGUAUUAACAGGGCAUAAGGAAUGUGGUAAAACGUCUAUAGCUGUUGCAUUGACGUCUUCUUAUGACGUAAAAGAAUGUUUACUUCUCAAGGAACCUAAUGAUGUCAAUUACAUUGACUUCCCGAACAUCUGCUUGGUGAUAAUUGACGAGUUUGCUGGGAAAUAUCGUUAUGAGGUGAAUGAUGUUUACAAAUGGUACAAUAUGUUUGACCAUCUGUAUAAUGCCGUUAUAGCAGGACAGAUGAACGUGAUAAUAACGUGUGAAAAGGAUAAACUAGAAAAAUGUAUCAACGAAAUUGGACGGCAUGCCAUUCUUGACCACGUGGUGGAUGUAACUUUACAAAAAGCUGUCGUUAAAUUAGAAGUAACUGAACAAUAUGGACAUGUGUCUGGACAGAAAGUCACUACAGAUCAUUAUGUAGGCACCAUAUCAAAUACCACACAGACUCUGAAUUACACAUCAUCAUUGUUAGCGGACCCGUCACAAGGGCCAAUCCCGCUGUCAAGACAUGGCACGAUUCCGAUUUCUACAGGAAAUACUUCAAUUUUAGGAAGGGCACAAACGGAAGGAAUACAAAAUCCAAUGCAAUUGAAAAGAGGAUUCUCUGGAAUGGAAAGUUUCAGUUUAUCCUUUGAAACGAAAAUGGAUGAUGAUUGUUCCAGUGAUGAAGAUCUCCCUGUUGGCCUUACACCACUAAAAUUAG